AGACAGUGUGAUGUGCUGCUGCUGCGGUUUUGACCCGUAUGACGUUCCUAUUCCCGCGACAAGAAUCCACAUCAGUCGAGCACAGAAGUGUGUGAUCUCCAGUCAUAUCAGCGGUUACUGUGGAACAAAUGAGAGGUGGAGAACACUGGCCACUAUCAACGGACAUUGGGACUCGCCGUGAACAAGCGCUUUUUUUGGGGUGCACUGUAACCCUCUUGAGCAAUGGCAUCAAUAGAUCGAUCAAAGGGAACGUGUUGAGGCUCUGAGCAAUGGAGUCUCUAUUCGGCGGUGAGCUUAGGCUGCUGGGAGGUGGCGAGGGCUUAAAAGAGGACGGCUGUGGCGACGUGGGCUGGUCCUCCUCACCCCUCCCUGAAGACAUGUACUCCGCCUCCCACUUCACACUCAUCACCGCCUACCAGGACAUCAAGACACGGCUGGCGGGCCUGGAGAGAGAGAACAGCGGCAUUAAGAGGAAGCUCAAGAUCUACGAGAUCAAGUUCCCAAUGAUCAGUGAGUUUGGGGAGGACAGGAACUCCUACUGCAGCUUUGAGUCCAAGGAGAAUGCCCUGCUGCAGUCAGAGAACGGCAACCUGCAACAGAGAGUCAACGCCCUCACUCACGAGGCCCAGAAGAGGAAGGAGCGUGAGGAGCAGCUGGAGGAUGUGAUUCAGGCCUAUGAGAAAAUCCACAUGGAGAAGAGCAACCUCCAGAGAGACCUGGACAAGAUGACCAGCCUAGUGGAGAAACACGUAGAGCGAAUCCUAGGUCUGGAGUCUGCUCUGAGACAGAGGGACAACUCGCUACAGAAGUUCAACACCCAGCUACACAGCAAGGACAUCCAAUACCUGCAGCUGCACAGCCCAGAUAAUCACAUGCUGGACUGUCCUGCGCUGACCCUACAGAACUCUCGUAGUCUAGACACUCUGUCAGACCUGAAGCUGCAGCGUCUGGAGGCGGAGCUAGAGGGGGUGCGGCACCAGGCCCAAGGGGCGUGUCAGAGGGAACAGGAAGUGAAGGCCGAGUGUGAGAGACUGCAGGAAGAGCUGAAACAGAUCCAGAACAACCACAUAGAGAGGGAAAUGACUUCGUCGUGUGAGCAGUGUGAUGUGGAGUGGAUCAAGAAGGUGGGAGAUGAGCAGGUGAAUUUGGCACUAGCCUACACAGAGCUAACUGAGGAGUUGGGACGUCUGCAGAAACUGAGCUCCAAACAGAAAGAGAUCCUGAAGAAGACCUCCCAGGAGCAUCAUAGCCCAGUCCAACGCCAAUCCCACCCCCCAUCUCCCAUUCAUCACCAACGCCACUCCCCUGUGCCCCAGCGCCACUCCCCCAUCCCGCCCCAGCACCACUCCCCCAUCCCCCAGCGUCGCUCCCCAGUUCUCCAGCCACAACGCCUCUCCCCGGACAUGCACCGACGCUCGCCCCUGCUGGAAAUCAAUGAUGGGCCCGCCUCCUACUCCUGCCGGCCAGCCAGCCACCACCUGAGGGCUAGCUUCCAGGGCCGUCGCAGCUACUCCGAGGUCGCUGACCCUUCGGCCUACCAGCGGCCACUGCGCCUCAGCCUGGACCCCGUGUCCACCCUGCCCAAGCCCCGGCCCUACAGGGACUCCAGCUACUCCAAGCAGCAUCAGCAGCACCAGCAUGGAGGCUCACAGCAUGGGGGGUCCCCCCACAGAGGAGGCCAGCUCCGAGGUUCCCAGUCUGGGCUGCAGAGGGCCGGCAGCGAGGUGGGCCUCCACGAAAGUUCCCGCCACGCUCGAGAGCUGCCCUUCCCCCUGUCCGAGGUCUCUCCCAGGUCUCACCUGCACUUUGAGCCCCCGCCACCCCCCACACCCGCCCCCCAGCUGCCGCAGUCCUCUGAAGACGAGGAGGAGUGGACCUGCCCGCACCCCAUCAGCCCCCCACGGACGCUGGGCGUGCCCAACAAUGUGUCGCCUCAUGGGGUCAUGAGGGGGCCGGCGUCCUGCUCACCCUUCCCCAUCCCCUCCAGACCCAACACCCUGACCUGCCACCCGUCAAGUUACCUGCACACAGAGCACGCCCAGUCCUGGCCCUCCAUCAAUCUGUGGAUGGAGACAGAAGAGAGUGACAUGAGGAGCUGCCCUCUGUGCCAGCUCAUCUUCCCCAUUGGUUACCCUGAUGACGCCCUCAUCAAGCACAUCGACUCGCACCUUGAGAACAGCAAGAUCUGAUCGCCAUGGCAGCACUGCACCCUCUUUUUAGUUGCUACUGUUUUUUACUUAUUGUGGAGUUAUUUUAGGUUUUAUUGCGUUUUUAAGCUGGCUAGCUUUUGUUUGACAAUACCUGAGGGCUUUUUGUGGGUUUAUUAGCAUGUUUGGAAAAAAUAGGUGGUUUAAGAAAUGACAUGGAUGGCGUUGAGGUUCAUGACAGACAAUUUCCUUGACAGAUGCAAGAUCAGGGACAUUCCAGGCAACUUGCAGUCCAUUUCUUUUUAUAUCUCACACUUUACCAGUACUACUUGCUGUAAAGUGUCCUGCUUUACUUUCCUCUCUACCUAUGUACAGCAAUACAGACCAACACAAUGAA